CCUCCGCCCGACCCCUCCAUCCGCCAUCCUAAUCCCCGGGACCCGAGAGGAGACGGGAAGAUGGCAGAGAGGCUGGAAUGGGUGGAAAUCAUCGAGCCUCGUACACGGGAGUGUAUGUACGCCAAUCUCAUCACUGGGGAGUGCGUGUGGGACCCGCCGUCCGGAGUGCGGAUUAAGCGCACCAACGAGAACCAGUGGUGGGAACUGUUUGACCCGAAUACCUCGCGCUUCUACUACUACAAUGCCAGUACUCAGAGGACUGUGUGGCACCGGCCACAAAACUGUGAUAUUAUCCCGCUGGCCAAGCUGCAGACCCUGAAACAGAACACGGAGUCGCCCCGGGCCUCUACCGAGAACAGCCCGGGGAGGGGCAGUAAUGUCAGCCGAGAGGGCAGCACCAGCUCUUCUCUGGAGCAGGAACUGGACGCCGGGGAAAAGUGCUCCGACCAGCUCAAGUCGAAUCGCCACUCAGCGCCGUACUUUGUGGUGAAAGAGGACUCGGACAGGACAUCAUCUCUCAGAUGGAACACGGGCACCAAAGAACGAAUGUUGAUCAAAGUUACGGAUCGGGAGCCGAGCUUUCUGAUGCACCAGGGGAAUGGAUACACUACUGACAAUGCCCAGGGCACCCGGUCCCGCCGGCCAUCGGGGGGGCAGCCUUCCCCCAUCAUGCAGACGUUUUCUGUAGACACGGACAAUUCUGUCUUCUUCCCCGAAAGAAAAUCCUCACCGUAUUUAAAAAGAGCGGAACAUGUUGGCUCUUGCUCGCCGCUCCUUGGGCGAGGCGAAUCAUUCUGCACGUUACAAUCUCAACACCGAAAGCACUCGAAUGAGUCCCAACCUUCUUCCCCACGCUAUGCGUACGAGCCCCCGCUGUACGAAGAACCUCCCAUGGAGUACCAGGCUCCCAUCUACGACGAACCGCCCAUGGAAAUGCAGUUCGACAGCAGUGGCAAUUACCGGGCAAUGUCCCCUCAAAAGUCACCUGUACGCAAGUCACACGGCUACCUACAGUCCCCCAAACAGGUCUCCAACUCUCCAUACCAACAGCUUGUGUUGACCAAACAGAAGUGCUCUGACAGGUUCAUGAGCUUGGACUACAGCCCAGCUGGCAAGGAGUACGUGAGGCAGUUGGUCUAUGUAGAACAGUCAGGGUCCAGCCCAAAGAUGAAAACGGGUAUCCGGCAUAAAUACACACCUAAUACCAUUGGUGGGUCUUACUCCUUGCAGCACAAUCCACCCUAUAUGAGGGACCAUCGUCUGGAGGUGAAGUCUGGAGACUACAGCAGCAUGGAUAACGCAGAUCUGCGGCUCAACCAACAACAACAGCAGCAACAGCAGUUUCAUUCAGAAGAUUCCAUGUCUUGGUCCAGUCAGCAGGACAGCAUGUCCUCUACGAGCUACUCCCCCAACACAAGAAAACGGAAAAGCAGGAAACCGUCCUUGUCCCAGGAACCAAACUCUGCUCCCGGUGAUGUUACCGCGGAGAGGGAGCAAAUGAAUGAGCAUAGUAUGGUGGAGGAAAGGCCUUCAUCGAUGCCCAACAGGCCGCUGAUGAGCCGGACAGAGAGCCGGUCGUCGGAGUCCGAUAUGCACCGCGGCUCUCCCGAAACCUUUAUGGCCCAGGCCCGGCUGGCUUGGGAGGCCCAACAGGCCCAUUUCCACAUGAAGCAGAGGAGCAGCUGGGACUCUCAGAAAGAUGGCUCUGGCUAUGAGAGCGACGGUGCCGUGCCUCUACCUAUGCCCGGCCCUGUGGUCAGAGCCUUCAGUGAGGACGAGGCGCUGGCACAGCAGGACGGCAAAUACUGGAAGAGAAACCCCUUCGAUAAGCUCGGAUUCCCACAAAUAUUACUGGAAAAAAGUGUGUCUGUUCAAACCAAUCUGGCCUCACCGGAGCCGUACUUACACCCAUCUCAGUCGGAGGACCUCGGUGCCUGCGCCCAGUUCGAGAACAGCCGCAACAACAGGAACAUGAUGCCCAGCUCCAGCUGCGUCUUCCCCACCUUCACCCUGAGGAAGCCGUCGUCCGAGACCGACAUCGAGAACUGGGCCUCCAAGCACUUCAACAAGCACACGCAGGGCUUGUUCCGGCGGAAGGUCUCCAUCGCCAACAUGCUGGCCUGGAGCAGCGAGUCCAUCAAGAAGCCCAUGAUCAUGACCUCCGACCGCAAUGUGAAGAAAGAAGCUUGCGAGAUCUUCAAGCUCAUCCAGAUGUACAUGGGCGACCGGAGGGCCAAGACCGACCAGCUCAACGUAGCUUUAGAGGUCGCCACCAAGGGAUGGAGCAUGCAGGGGUUGAGGGACGAGCUGUACAUCCAACUGUGCCGUCAGACCACCGAGAACUUCCGCUACGAGAGCCUGGCUCGGGGCUGGGAAUUAAUGACCAUCUGUUUGGCUUUUUUUCCACCGACUCCAAAGUUUCACUCUUACUUGGAAGGAUAUAUCUAUCGGCACAUGGACCCGGUGCAUGAUACUAAAGGGGUGGCCAUCAGCACCUACGCCAAAUACUGCCACAGGAAGCUCCAGAAAGCCGCCUUGAUGGGAGCCAAAAAGGGACUGAAGAAACCGAACAUCGAAGAGAUCAAGCACGCCCGCAAUGCCGUCUUCAGCCCCUCCAUGUUCGGCAGCUCCUUGCAGGAGAUCAUGAGUAUGCAGAAGGAGAAGUACCCGGAGCGGCAGCUUCCCUGGGUGCAGACCCGGCUGUCCGAGGAGGUGCUGGCACUGAACGGAGAUCAGACCGAGGGCAUCUUCAGGGUCCCCGGUGACAUUGAUGAAGUGAACGCGCUGAAGCUGCAGGUUGAUCAGUGGAAGAUCCCCACCGGACUGGAAGACCCGCACGUUCCAGCCUCCUUAUUGAAGCUCUGGUACCGGGAACUGGAGGAGCCGCUCAUCCCACAUGAGUUCUACAAACAAUGCAUCACUCACUACGAGAACCCCGAAGCGGCCAUCGAUGUCAUCCAUUCACUUCCUAAACUGAACAAGAUGGUGCUGUGCUACCUCAUCCGCUUUCUACAGGUAUUUGUACAGCCGGCCAACGUGGCCAUCACGAAGAUGGACGUCAGUAACCUGGCCAUGGUCAUGGCGCCCAACUGUCUACGCUGCCAGUCGGAUGACCCCCGUAUCAUCUUUGAGAACACCAGGAAGGAGAUGUCCUUUAUCCGGGCCUUAAUCCAGCACCUGGACACCAGCUUCAUGGAGGCGGUCCUAUAG